CGCUGGCCACUGCAGUGGACUACAAGUCCCGUGAGGCUCCGCGGCGGCACUUCCUACCCUCACUGUCCGGCCCGCUCCCUCCGCCCCCCCCUCCCCUGGGGCCGAAGGCUCUGGCUGGAGCCAGGCGUCCAGAGACCAGGUAGGAUUUCCGGGAGAAAGUGCUGUGGAGCCCGAGGAGGCAGCGGCGACCUGGAAACUGCUCCUCCUCUCCCUGCGCUGGUUAGCAGUGGCAUGGAAGACCCACUUGAAGAAGCAGAGCAGCCCUCUGGAGACCCAGGCAUGGCCAUGGACAGUGUGGAAGCAGGGGACACAACACCUCCCACCAAAAGGAAAAGCAAGUUCUCAAGUUUGGGCAAGAUCUUCAAGCCGUGGAAAUGGAGGAAAAAAAAAAGCAGUGAUAAGUUCAAAGAGACAUCCGAAGUUUUAGAGCGAAAAAUAUCUAUGCGAAAACCAAGAGAAGAGCUGGUUAAACGAGGGGUUCUGUUGGAGGACCCCGAGCAGGGUGGUGAGGAUCCGGGAAAGCUGAGCCAUGCUGCAUUAAAGAAUGGACACACCACCCCCGUAGGCAGUGCCGGGUCCUCCAGCCCAGUCCUAGGAGAAGGAGAGCCAGAGAGGAGGCUCAGGGAUCUCACUCCAGAAGAGGAUCCAAAGAAGAGACUUGGCUCAACUGGAAGCCAGCCUAACUCUGAAGCUGAGCCUGGUCCUGAACAUGCACCUAAGCAGCCUCUGCUGCCCCCUAAGAGACCCUUGUCCUCUUCUUGUGAAGCAAAUGAGGGGCAAGCAAUGGAGGUUCCGGCUGGCAGUACAGCAAGGUCCAUCUCCUCCACUUCUGGCUCUACCAUCGUGACAUCUGCUGCCACCACUGCUGCCACAGACAUGACAAAGACUGUUAAGUCCUUUGUGGGCCCUGCCCCCACUCCUGUCCCUGCCCCCAGGACUCUGCCUGCUGCUCCUGCCAGCGCUAACACUACUGCCACCCCUACAGCCCCUGCCAAGCAACCCCCCAUCCCACCCCCUAAACCAGCUCAGAGAAACAGCAACCCCGUCAUUGCUGAACUGUCCCAAGCAAUGAACAGUGGCACACUGCUGUCGAAACCGUCCCCACCCUUGCCACCCAAGAGAGGCAUUCCAUCAACUUCGGUACCCAGCUUGGAGCCUGCUGCUUCGUUCACAACUAAGACAGCAAAUGAUCAAAGAGAAAAAACUGUCUCUUUGUGUUUGGAACCACCACUGAUAAUCCCGCCUUCGUCCCCAUCACCCCCAUUGCCUACCCACAUACCUCCAGAGCCUCCACGGUCCCCUCUAGUGCCUGCUAAGACUUUUCAAAUUGUGCCAGAGGUUGAGUUCUCCCCUUCUUCAGAUCUAUUCCAGGACAUUUCCCAGCAGGAGGAUCAGAAAACAGAAGUCCCCAAAAAGACACAGGACCAGAGCUUUAGGGAGUCCCAUAUGCCCUCCAGGCUGCCCCCACUCCCACUGCAUAUCCGAAUUCAGCAGGCCCUUACCAGCCCUCUUCCUGUGACUCCUCCCUUGGAAGGCACUCACAGAGCCCAUUCACUGCUCUUUGAGAACAGUAACAGCUUCUCUGAGGACACUGGUACCCUGGGUCGGACCAGGUCACUUCCCAUCACGAUUGAGAUGUUGAAAGUUCCAGAUGAUGAGGAGGAAGAGCAGGCCUGCCCGUUUGUUGAAGACAUGCUGCCUACCUCAGCCACUCCUAUACUACCACUGUGUCUGCAAGAGGAUGAGAAGGAGAGCGACUCAGAUUCAGAGGGUCCCAUUCAGUAUCGAGAUGAAGAAGAAGAAGAUGAUGAUGAUGAAAGCCAUCAGAGUGCCCUGGCCAACAGAGUGAAGAGGAAGGACACGCUGGCGAUGAAGCUGAGCAGCAGGCCCACUGAGCCAGAGACCAACCUCAAUUCUUGGCCUCGGAAAAGCAAGGAGGAGUGGAAUGAAAUACGGCACCAGAUCGGGAACACGCUGAUCCGGCGACUGAGUCAAAGACCAACAGCAGAAGAACUGGAGCAACGGAACAUACUACAGCCUAAAAAUGAAGCUGAUCGCCAAGCAGAGAAACGGGAGAUCAAGCGUCGGCUCACUAGAAAGCUCAGUCAAAGGCCAACUGUGGCUGAAUUACUUGCCAGGAAGAUUCUGAGGUUUAAUGAGUAUGUGGAAGUAACAGAUGCUCAAGACUAUGACCGGCGAGCAGAUAAACCAUGGACCAAACUGACUCCUGCUGACAAGGCUGCCAUAAGGAAAGAAUUAAAUGAAUUUAAGAGCUCGGAGAUGGAGGUUCAUGUAGACAGCAAACACUUUACACGCUACCAUCGCCCAUGAAGCUGAAGCAAGAGAGCGGAACUAAGGGACCACAGGAAAAGGAAAAGCAGAGCUGUUCUGCUUCUUGUCUUCAGGGCAAUCAUAGCACUUCCCGCAUAGCCAGAGCUGCUCUGGGAUCUCGUUCAGGGCAAGAGGCACUUGUAUGCAUGUAGCCUUUCUUAGGUUUGGAUCCUUGUGCUCCCCUUAGAGAAGAAUAACAACACUGCAGUAGACUCGAGGACCUCUCUCUGGCCACAGAAGCACAGGGCCACUUACAGGUUCUGAGUUUUCCUGGCUGCAGCACAUGCUGCCCUAAGACAACUUGGUGUGCUGAGGCCGUCUGUGCCGUUAGCCUUACCUGUCUGCCCUGUCUGAGAGCCGCUCACGGAGGCUCAUCCCAACCCCCAAGUCCUCUUACCAGGGAAAAACCUUCGGACACACCACCCUUCCAGCAAAGGCCCGCUCCCAGAACAGUGCUUGGACCUCCCUGGUGUCAAUUCAGAGUACACUGUACUGCCAGCUCUCUCUCAGCAUAAGGCCUGACCAGAAGGAAACCAGCCCAGGCUUCAGCCUGUUCCUCUCUCCAUUUGGCACUUGUCAUCCUAGGUCCUUUUUGUUUUGAGAAAAGGUCUUAUAUUGUGGCACAGGCUGGCCUGAAAACUCACUGUGUAGCCCAGGCUGACCU